CCUUUCUUUUUCUCAACGCACGUACCUUUCCAGCCAGAAAAACAAAACAAGACCUGGUAGACUGUAGUACAAUACCAUACCAAGUAAAUACCGUCAGACAAAAUGGCUUCCUCUUCCACAACAACCGAGAAGGACACCAGGAUCAUCCUCACCACCAGCGACAACGCCGACCUUAAGGUGGAUCGCGACGUCGCUGAGCGUUCCAUCCUCAUCAAGAACUUGCUCGAGGAUCUGGGCGGCGAUAACAACGAGCCCAUUCCCAUUCCCAACGUCAAUGAAGCCGUCAUGAAGAAGGUCCUCGAAUGGUGCGAGCACCACCGCAAGGACCCCCCCGCUUCCCAGGACGACGAUGCCGACUCCCGUAAGAAGUCAACCGAUAUCGAGGAGUGGGAUCAGAAGUUCAUGCAGGUCGACCAGGAGAUGCUCUUUGAGAUCAUUCUCGCUGCCAACUACCUCGACAUCAAGGCUCUGCUCGAUGUCGGCUGCAAAACCGUCGCCAACAUGAUCAAGGGCAAGUCCCCCGACGAGAUCCGCAAGACCUUCAACAUCCAGAACGACUUCACCCCCGAGGAGGAGGACCAGAUCCGACGCGAGAACGAGUGGGCUGAGGACCGCUAAAGGCGAGCAAGCUCGCUUGAAGCUUCCUGCUGAGUGUUCCUUCUCUCGGCAUCCGUGUACACGAACCAAAAAACGACCUCAUGACGCCCCCACCCGCACAUCAUCCCAUCGAUUACCACUUUCUAUGCGCAU